CGUUCGUUACGCGGAACUAUAUAGAUACGAAGAUGGCGAAAAUAAUCUUAUUUCUGAACAUUUUUAUUUUGACUCUUGCUACGGUUGCUUGUGAUAACUCCGGAUGCACAUUUACAAAACACAAAGAGGAACCAAGCGAUGUUGUGAAACAGCUUGACGUUCUAAAAGGGCACAGCUUCAGGGUAAUGGAUAAUGAUGGCAAAUACCGUUAUGAUAUUGCAAUAUGCGAGCCAAUCCCAGGCAGUCAGACUGGUGUGGGAGUUUUGCAACAAGAGAUGAAGGAUGGACACGUUGUCCCCAAUACUACACACAUAGUUGGGCUUAUCAGUGAUGCCGACAUCAUAUCAGGAACUGACUGGUUAAUGCUGAUAUAUGGAAGUGGUGAGUCGUAUCAUUCACACUGCAUGAAGUCCACCGGGGAACCAGAACAGCGCAAGGCUAGAAUCAUGUUUAUUUGUGACCCUGCCAGCACGGAUGUCACAGCCCUCCUGCCGAAUGUGGUCGAUGAGGUGAACGAUAAGUUUGAGGAAUGUUAUUACUUGUUUGAGAUCAACACAGCAGCCGUAUGCAAGCUCCGGCCACUUAUUUCUAUUGGAAUGAGCACAGGAUCCAUUCUCCUCAUUGUGCUUGUGUGUGUAGCAGCAUUUUAUCUUCUAGCUGGUGUAUUGUACAAGAGAAUCACCCUGAAAGCAAAAGGACUAGAACAGAUACCAAACAUUGACUUCUGGAAGGACUUCGGAAAUCUAGAAGCUGAUGGCUGUGAUUUGGUGUGCAGGUGCAGCAAGCGAAGAGGCCCACGGGAAUACAAAGGGAUCGGAGAUGAACAGCUUGGGGAGGCAGAUUUCCAGUCUCCGGACGAUGGUCUUCUACCCAUGUAAAACCCUAAUAGGGGUUUGAUAGGGGUUUAGGGAGGAGCAAGGGGCUCAAGGCAGGAAAGAUAAUCAAUGAUGAACCAAUCGGCUGAUGAUGGUCUAAUUCAAUUAUUUAAAUGGCUAUAUUUUAGUGACAUGACCCAGCAUAGCUAGACAAUGUUGUGUGAGUUCCAAGGUUUGUUGUGGUUAAAGAAAAAGUGAAGUCUAUAUACUGGGAUAUCAAUAUACUAUGUACAUGGAAAUUACAUAUAAAACUACAUUCAUAUUUUGGAUAGUUAAAACCAGCUGGUACCAUUGACCAUUUCAUCAGUUAGUUUGUAUUAAGGAAUCUGAUGUAUACCAGUAGUUGUAUAAUUUUGGGACGCCUGGUGACCACAUAUAAUUUUGGUACUAUUUUAUAGGGUCUUAUAAGUAGGGAAAAUAAAAGUAAUUAACAAUACUAAAACUAUUAUAAGCAAACUCUUUUGACCUUAAAAGAUUACAAAAUGGUUAUUUUGUGUUCAAUUCCAGUUGAAAUAAAGUACAAAAAUGUAAUUUUGGUAUAAUUUUUCCUAUAAUGACUUUUUUGCUCAGUUCUUUUUGCUAAUUAAUAAUCAGCCAGCAAUUUCGUUCCUAAUGAUAUCAAUUUUAUAAGUGUUCAUUGACCAUCAAAAUUUAUCAUUAUCGCUCAAUGACUCAUAAAAUUGACAAGCUGAUUUUGAAAUCCGAUGCCUGAAGUUUAAGCAUUUUGAGAAAUGAAUAAGGCCUAAAUACUUUAUGUUAAAGCUUGUAUUAAUGCUUAAAGGUGCACAAUAUAUAUAGGUACAGAUAAAAAAAUAGCAAUAUUUUGGUGCUUUUUUUAACACGAGAACUUUUGGCCACACAGCUUUUAAAAAAAAUAUUUAUAUAGGCUUAUAUCUGUAAAACAUGAUAAUGCAUUAGAAUAAAAAAUAUAUAUUUUGCAUUGACCUACAUUGUGCGCCUGGUACAGCUUUUAAGUUGUAUACAUGUUCAUGAAGAUAAUUAUAUAUAUGCUAAAAUCAUAUAUAUGCUGAAAUCGUUUAUUUAAAGAUAGAUGUUUGAGUAUCUCAAUCUUGAAAUAUAAGUACAUGUUCUGUAUGUGUAUCGGACUAUUUGGACUUCUGUAGUGUUUCUGUUCUGUCCUUUGUGUUAUGACCAUGAGCUUGUUAUGCUUAAGUCAAAAUAAAUGUUCUGUUCUGUUAAAAACUAGUGUAACAUGGUUGAACAGCCCUUAACUUAUAUGUUAUAUUUCAGUGUGUGUAUACCACGUGAUAGUGAUUUUUUUGGAAAUAAAACUUGACCAUUACGAAAUUCUCAAGAGUACAAGCUUAUUAUUUGUUUUGUUUUUAAUAUAAAGGUGAACUGAAGACUUCUAUUUAAACAAUCACAUUCCAAUUUGGAAGAAUGUACAAGCAUAAGUUAAAGAAAUAUUUUUAUCAGGUCAGUCUUACGUAAUAUUCAUUUGUAAACAAAUGAAUUAUUAUAAUAUUCUAUUUUUUGUAAUUCUUAUUUUAUUUCUAUCACCAUUUUUUGGAGGAUUUCUUUUUUAUGGAAAUCAAGGCAUGAACACAAUAUAACCAGCACUGUGUAUAACACUCCACCAUUUAAACAUUCCAAUUAUAUUUUUUUUUAUGAUAGUUUGAAAGUUUGAUACAAUAUAGUGGACCUCUUUGUAGUGGAUACUAUAUGGAACAUUUUAAUUUUAUCAGUUAAUAAGAUGUAUUUGAUUGUGAAUUAAUUGUUGUAUCAUACUUAUAUUUCAUUGUUUGAUUUUGUGCAAUAUCAUUUUCCUAUUUUUGCUCACUUACUUUGAAGACAAAUGCAGGAGUUCUAACAUUUAAUUAUUGGCUGUUAAUUCUAGAAGAAAAAAAUCCAAUCUAAGCCAUUGUUUAGGUGUUUGUUGUGUAUGUGUGUCUGUGGUUCUUGUGGGAUGGGUAGAGGAUCUUUGUUCAUUAAAACCUGAGGCCAUAUUCAAUUUAGCAUCUUAGAUUGAACUUAAAGAUAAAGAGAUAUCUGGCUGUUUUGAUUGGACUAUAGGAUUAAUUGGCCAAUGAAAGCACUUAAACUUUGUUCCUUAGAUUGAGAUCAAUCGAAGCUGUUUAUUGAAUACAACCUCAGAAAAUUGACACCAAGUUCUUAAAUUCAGGGUUUCUAAAGUUCAGGAUGAAUACUGAAACAAGGAUUGAGAGCUAUUAACUUUAAACUAAUGUACAGAGCCCAAUUUCUCGAAACUUCUUAAGUCCCUUAUAACAGGAUUAAGCUAAGCUCACUAGUUUUGUCUUUUAAUAAUUUGCUUAAUAUUUCUUUUUUAAGAUUGUUUACACUUUAUAUAGAAAUUAUCUUUAUGAUAAUUACAAUAAACCAUUUUUAUUAAGCAAAGUCCCAUUUAAGUAUGUAUUUUGGCUAAUUGAAAUAAGCAACUUAGCCUGUUAAGCUUAAGAAGUUUCCAGAAAUUGGGGCCAGGUGUAAAAAUUAAUUUUCUUCGGACAGUUGCAUCAAAAGAGGAGGAAGUUCUUUGAUAAUGCACAUGAAUAAUUAUGGAAAAAAUAAAAAUUAAACUAAGCCCCUUUACCCUGCUUUGAGAAUGACUCUCUCAUCCUUGAACAGACAGCAGGCUAUUUUCCAGGAUACACAAUUAAUGAAUUAUCACCUGUUGGAACCCCUGGAAAAUGAUUUCUAACAAAUGCCUAAAUUGGAUAUAGACAUUCCAAACUUGUAUUUGUUAACCAUAUCUUGCUUUGUUUUCAAUUGCUCUCUCUCUCUAUUUAGUUACAGUUUAUAAUUUCCCUCAUCUAUCUUGUAGUGCCAUUUGUCUUUAAUUGACACAUUCUAUAAAACAGAACCAUGUAAUAACCUGUCUCUGUGAAGUGCUGUAAAAAUUUCAUAAAUCAUAUUGAAAAUAACUUGCAUAAUGCUGAUAAACCAAAACUGUCUGCCAAAUCGCUUGCUUUCUUAGUUGUGUGGUGUUGUUUUUUCAAAUUCCACUUCUUUACAUUAAAUAUUUUAAGCUAAUUGUACUUUUAAUUGUUUGGGAUUUGUUUAUGCCAGCACAUGGCAUAUUUUUUAGAAAACAAAAAACAAGAACUAAACCUGUAUAGCUGCACAAUCUGCUUUUGAAAAAAAGUAUUUAGUAAUAAAUGUUUUUUUUUGGGUAUUAAAAAUACAAAUAAGGGAUUCUAUUAUAAAACGCUCAAAGCUUUUUGACAAUCUGCUUUUGGAAAAAUUCUCUAUAAUAAUAAAAUGUUUAUGUUAGUGUCCGCAUGAGCUGUAUGGCUUUUUAAAUACAAAAAAAAACAUUCUUCUUCUGCUAUGUGUUCUUUGGGAACUAAGAAUACAAAAAAGGGUUUCUAUUUCAAAACACUCCAAGCUUCUUCUUUUUUGGGGGUAAUCUUCCUUUUUUUCAUUUUUGUGCUGCCUGCAACGCAUGACAGACACAUGGGGAAUAUUUAUGUUCGGUUUUUUAUAUAUUUAAAUUCAUAUACCACUUGUUGGGGUUUCUAAGAGGGUGUAUUAGUAAGUUAACUUCAUUUCACGUUUGUUUUAAGGUAUAUUCAUGUUUGAAUAAGAAUGUUAGUCAUAUCUGUUGAAGUAUGAAUGAUAAUAUACGCCAGGAACAAAUGUUACUAUUUUAAAAUUUAUUUUUUUGAAGUUGUUGAUUUAUGUUGCUUUAAUUUAUGAGAGAUUCAGCUAUGUUUGUAAUUGUUAAAAAAAUGAGUGGUUCUUAUUAUAUUAUAGAUUUAUUUCAAUAAAUACUCAA